AUGAAGAAAAUAAUAAAAUACUUUAAGGAUUUUUAGUCCUAAACAGAGUUUGAGAUUGUAUAUAGAUAUUCAAUAAUAGGUAUUAAGAAGAAUUUUAGAGAGUUCUAAAUUACACUUAGUAAAUGAACUAAAAUACUAAGUUUUAUAAGAAGGCUUUAAUGGGUAAAUAUAGGAGUUACAUGUUCAACAAUCAUUUAAGAUUUUAUAUCAACAUUUUAAAUCAUGCAGAAAUGAUAUUGCUUCCCUCAAGAUAUUAAUAAUUAUUCACAGACUUCUAUUAUCAUGUAGAGAUUUUGGAGACCUUGUUGAUUUAGAUUAGGUUUUGAUCUAUUACAGACAACCAAUUAAAUAACUUCCUAUUCUACAAUAAUUAUAUUAGAAUUUAAUUUUUUAAUAUCGAGACUAUCUUAAAGGGAUUACAGAAAGAAACCAAUAUUUUUUGUUAUGUUCAUGCAAAAUUAAUGAUUUUUAUUAAAUGGAUUUCAAAAAUUAAUUAGCUUCAUAAAUUGUAAUUGUUUUUAUAUUGAAGAAACUAAAACUGGUAAAAUAUUCCUCUUAAUUUAGUUUAUACCUUAUCUAGAGAAUAUUUUAGUAAAAAAAUCUAAUAGUUUAAUAUAAAAUCUUAUAAUUUUGAUACUAAAUGAUGCUAAGAAUAUGUAUGAAUUUAUAGCUUAAUUUGUUUUAUAAAAUCAAUGUUUUAAAUUAUUACUAAAUUAGAUCGUAUCUUGGAUUAGUCUCCAGAUAAUACUACAAAUAUGCUAAUGUACUAAUUGUAUGUGGAUUUAAUUUAAGUGAAUUAUUGGAUAAUUAAGUUAUUUUAAUUAGGAAAUUUAGCAGAAAUUAGUGAUAAACUAGAAUUUCCAUAAAUUUUUGAAAUUAACAGUGCACAAAAUAAAGAAUAUGAAUUAUACAUUUAGUUAAUUAGAAAUAAUUAUGAGAUAGGUUCUCCAGAUUUUUCACCUAAAUUUUAAGAUUUGAAUUAAUUCAAAGUAAAUUAAUAAUAUAUUAAAUAAAGAAAUAAGAAGAGUUUUAAAUAAUUCUUUUAAAACCUCAAUAAUUAAAUACAGUAUUAGGAUAAUCAGAAAGACCAUUAGAGUAUAUUGAAUCAAAUAUGUGA